AUGAUGAUUGGUGGUAUACAUCAUGUAUCUGCAACAAAGCAGUUUAUCCUGAUUCCAAAAUGUUUUUUUGUGAAAAGUGUAACAAGCAUGUCAUUAAGGUAUAAACUGAAACUUCGUGUAAUUAAUGCUACGGAUUCUACAACUUUUGUUGUAUUUGAUCGUGAUGCAAGUGCAAUGUUGAAGAAAUCAUGCUUUGACAUUCUUGACUUGCAAGACAAGAACACUGCUGCUGGAGACUUGCCUAAAGAGUUUGAAGUCCUAAUUGAUAAGACCUAUCUGUUCAAAGUUGAGUGCAAGAAUGAUUAUAAUACCAAAUUUGAACAAUCAUUCAGAGUUAAAAAAGUUUGCAUGGAUGAAAAAGUAAUUGAAAGCUUUUCUGAUGUUGAAAUUAAGUCUUUGGAUCUAUACUCUACAAAUGAAGAAGAAAGCAAAUUAAAUGAGCGAACAAAUCAAAUCUCAUCUGAUUCCAUUGCAGAGGAUUUGUUGAUCAAAUUCACAGAAGAAUCAAAUGAUGUUGAGACUCUAAGUGAUGAUUUGAACAAUAUAGUAUCAAGCCAUGUUCCUCCCAAAGAAUCCUUGAAAAAUAAAAAUGUAAUUGAUGUUCAAAUUCAUGAGUUAACCCGCAAAGAAUCAUCUCAUCUGGACAAUCUUGAUUUGGCUACUCAGCCACCUCUUCCAGCACUUAAAAGACAAAGUCGAUCUAUGGUUCAAGAAAACAAGAAGAUUCCAGUGAAGAUGUUGAAGAAGAAUAUAAAGAUUGAAAAGUGA